AUGUGCAUUGCUAAUGCAAAUGAACUCGUUUACCUUCACAAUGAGAUGGAGGUCAAGAAGACACUAGUACAUGAUGAUGAUACAAAUAGUGUAAACAUUGCGUUGGUAAUUGAUAAUAACUUGGGAGCAAAGAUUGUUAAAUAUAGAGACUCAAUAUUUCAUAAUGAGUUCUAUAUGGAUUCAGAGUUCAUUGAAACACGUAUUCCAUGUAUAGAAUUAGAUGUCUAUAGUUUUGGAUAUCUUAUGUAUGAAACGCUACUUGGGUAUGACCUGGGUAGCCUAUCGAAAGAAGUGGGUAAAAGCGUGACGCUAGAGUAUAUGUCGACAACAUUGUUGUAUAUGGAUUUAAUAAAGGACCGCUUUGCUGAUGUACUAUUGGGAGGAAAUGGUGAUAGCAAGAAAACGACAAAGAUAACAUUUAAAAUGUCAUUUGAAGAUAUAAAAUUAGCAACAGAUGACUUCAAUCUUACUGAUGUGCUUGGAGGAGGAGGUUUUGGGAGGGUAUAUAAAGGAAAACUUAUAGGUAGAGAUGGUAUAGAGGGAUAUUAUCCUAUUGUUGCAAAAAGGUUAGAUACAAGAUAUGGUCAAGGGAAUAAAGAAUUUUACACUGAGCUAAAAAUACUUUGUGAGUAUAAACAUGAGAAUAUCAUCGGGCUUUUAGGCUAUUGCAAUGAAAAAGACGAGAAAAUCAUUGUUUAUGAACAUACAUCCAAAGGAAGCCUUGAGAAGUAUCUUAACGAUGCUAGUCUUACAUGGAGGAACAGACUAAGGAUAUGCAUUGAUUUUGCAACCGGGUUAGAUUUUCUUCACCAAAAAGAUCACGUAGUGAUACAUAGGGACAUAAAAUCUGCUUACGUUCUACUAUUUGAUAAUUGGAAGACAAAAGUUGAUGAUUUUGGGCUUUCAAUGAUAAGUGCCACGGACUCCUAUACCAUCAAUAGUGUUUGUGGCACACCAGGGUAUGUAGACCCAGCAUACCUAAAUUCAAGGUUGCUAACUAAGGAAUCCGAUAUUUAUUUAUUUGGUGUGGUUCUAUUUGAAAUGUUGUGUGGGAAAGCAAUUUAUGAUAUCCACAUUAAUGAGGGUGAGUCUGUACUAAGUUUCUUUAUUCGGGGGCUCUAG